GCUUACGCUUGCGUGCUUCGCUCGGCCCAUCCCACGUCGCGCCGUGCUUGAACCGAACGGAACCCUCGAGAUCUCUGUCUCUUUCUCUCUCCAAUAAAGGGAACACGGGAAGGGCUUUUUCCGGAUUUAUUAAAAAGGUCUCACUGCUCCUCUCCUUUAUUUUUAGUGUUCUUUUUGGAUCGAAACCGCCUUUCCGCCAUGGCCUCGCGGAGGCGGACCUUGCUCAAAGUUAUCGUCCUCGGCGACAGCGGUGUGGGGAAGACGUCGUUGAUGAACCAAUACGUACACAAGAAGUUCAGCCAGCAAUAUAAAGCAACAAUCGGUGCUGAUUUUGUUACUAAGGAGAUUCUUGUUGAUGACAGACUUGUCACCUUGCAAAUCUGGGAUACUGCAGGACAGGAAAGGUUUCAGAGUCUUGGCGUCGCAUUUUACAGAGGGGCAGAUUGCUGUGCACUGGUCUAUGAUGUGAAUGUUCUUAGGUCAUUUGACACUCUUGACAACUGGCACGAGGAGUUUCUUAACCAGGCAAGCCCAUCAGAUCCUAAAACAUUUCCAUUUAUUUUACUUGGAAACAAGAUUGAUGUAGAUGGUGGGAACAGCAGAGUGGUUUCUGAGAAAAAAGCAAAAGAGUGGUGUGCUUCUAAAGGAAACAUACCUUAUUUUGAAACUUCGGCAAAAGAGGAUUAUAAUGUUGAUGCUGCCUUCCUUUGUGUCGCUAAACUUGCUCUAGAGCAUGAUCGUGAUCAGGACAUAUACUUCCAAAACAUUCCGGAACCUAUUUCAGAAACAGAGCAGAGCAGAGGAUGUGCCUGUUAGCAUGCGCUGUUACAGCAUUCAUAAAUCAAAUUCUUUGUGCCCCCUUUUUUUCUGCUGAUUGAUCGAGAUAUUGCUUAUUUGAUUUAAGGAUGCUGCCCAUUUCUGUUCUUUGGUGCACUUGUACACUAUAUUCCUAUAUUGAGAUCAUUGUAUGAGUUUCUAGUUUUGAUCGCUGAGUGAUUUGUAGGAAAGGGGAAACAAGGAAAGAAUGGAGAUGUAGAAAGCAACAUGGGGUGGCACAGUGGGGGACCAUCUGUAUUUCAGGUUCUGGCGAUGUCUGUUGCUCCUGUGGAUGCUUGCCUGCUGCUGCUUCAUUUGUUGGCGAUGCUAAACAAUUGACCGAAAAUAUGAUCAUUUGGUUUGUUGCUUGUUUGAUUCAUUGUUUGUGCUGUACAAUGGAUUGGUCGCUGAAUCAGAAAUGUUGUUUCCA